AUAUACCUACAUAUAUACACUCACCAAAGGAAACAGAUCACCACAGAUCAUCAACAUAGAAACUUCCUAGUUUUUUUUAUCCAUCAUGCUUGAUGACUAAUUGGUUUAUAAUGAAAUCUCUCAUAUUUGUUAUUAUUUAUUUAGAUUCAAAUUUCAAAAAUGAGUGUUGAUAAGAAAAACAAAAGGAUAAGCAAAGCAUUGACUUUUCAACUUCGUCAUGGUGGUGAGAGGCAUGGCUUGCCACUUGAUAGUCAAGGCUGGGCUGAUGUAGAAAGUCUUCUUGCCAUGCCACAAUUUUCAGGGGUUGACAUUGCUACUAUCAAAAACAUAGUUUUGAGCUGUCCUAAACAACGCUUUGCUUUGAAGGAAGAAGAGAACAAGCUCUACAUUAGAGCAAAUCAAGGGCACAGUUUGAAGAAUGUUCAGGUUGACUUGGAAGAGCUGACAUCUUCAACCAUUCCUGAAAUCCUCAUCCACGGCACAUAUGAGCAAUACUGGAGCAGUAUCAAGUCCCAAGGCCUGAGUCGCAUGACACGCCAGCACAUCCACCUGGCAACAGGAAUCACUGGCGCUGCUGGCACCAUCAGCGGCGUGCGAGCCACCUGUGAUAUUCAUGUCUAUGUCGACGGCCUGCGGGCGCUAACUGACGGGUACAAAUUCUUCAAGUCAGCCAACAACGUCAUCUUGUGCCCUGGCGAUGACCGAGGCUUCUUACCGCCAUCAUAUUUCGCUAGAGUUGUGAACGCCAAGUCAGGAGCCGAUGUUCCUCUCCUUUAAUGAAGAAAUAUUCACAAGUUUUCAUCCACUUCUGCACUUCAAA